CGUCAUUUGGAGCUAGGGGUUUUACGCGUCUCUGAUAUUAUACAUGUGGUAUAAAUACCGAACAUUGCUUUGUUCUUCGAGUGGAAAUGUUAUGUUAGGUAUAGAAGAAAUUCGCCAAACCAGCCACAAGCAUAUCUACAAGAUCUUACUAAAAUAAUACCGCGAAAAUGCCUUACCCAGACGAAUUCGAAGGAUUUAUGAUCAAUGAGCUGGGGAACUAUAAGGAUUUCAAGAAACAAACCGUACGUCCGCGACCCUACCCAUCUUUACCGACCUACCUAAUGCCUGGUUCUACAGUUCAAACCCAAAGUCUUCGGCGACAACGACAUCGAUAUCAAAAUCGAGUGCUGUGGUGUAUGCGGAUCGGAUGUGCAUACCGUAACUGGUGGAUGGGGUGAUGCCCCGACGCCACUGUGUGUUGGCCAUGAAGUCGUGGGUAAAGCCGUAAAAGUAGGAUCGAAAGUGAAAGAUGUUAAGAUUGGGGAUAGAGUAGGCGUGGGUGCGCAGGUUUGGUCUUGUUUGAAGUGCGAACAGUGUAAAGGCGAUAAUGAAAAUUAUUGCCCCAACCUGGUCGGUGAGUAGAAUCGCUUAUCUACAUCUUGGGAAAUUGAAGAUGAAUAGAAGUUAACGAGAUGACAGAUACUUACGGUGCUCCCUACCCAAAAGAAGCCGAUCCUAACGAGACGAUUAGUCAAGGUGGUUAUGCCUCACAUAUCAGAGCGCAUGAGUACUUCGUCUUCCCGAUCCCUGACGCGAUACCCUCGCAUCUCGCAGCGCCUAUGCUCUGUGCCGGACUAACCGUGUGGUCGCCCCUCGUACGCGCAGGCGUCGGCCCGGGGAAAAAAGUAGCAAUUGUCGGGCUCGGGGGGUUAGGCCACUUCGCAGUUCUCUGGGCCUCGGCUCUCGGCGCCGAAGUCACUGUAAUCUCACACUCGCCGGACAAAAACCAAGACGCAACCAAACUAGGCGCGAAGCAUUUCGUCUCUAGUGCUUCCAAAAACUGGGCUAAGCCGUUGACGUUUAAAUUUGAUUUCGUGCUUAACACGGCGGAUAUGACGAAUGAAUUCGAUAUUGAUGAGUACCUCUCGACUCUGAAAGUCGGGUGUCGGUUCCACCAAGUUGGGAUCCCGGACCAGCCGUUGAAGAAUGUGAGUCCGAAACAGUUCAUGGCGAAUGGGUCGAGUAUUGGAGGGAGUCAUAUCGGGUCGCGCCCGGAGUGUUUGGAUAUGUUGAAGUUGGCCGCGGAGAAGAAGUUGUUUCCUAUGGUGGAGACUUUGCCGGUUGGAGAGAAGGGGUGUGCUGAGGCUGUGGAGAGGGUGAAGAAGAAUGAAGUGCAUUAUCGGUUUACACUUGUGGAUUAUGAUAAGGCUUUUGGUGGUUGAUGUGGGACGUAAGGUGUUACCUAGGUGGUUUUGAUGUGGGAUACUGUCGUAUGUUAAGUACUUGGAAGGAUCAUAAUGAAAUAGUUAAAUGUGUUGAUCAAUGAUUAGGGCGAAACUGUUCUAUAAAUCUUCACCCACAACAGUUCAUCCUGAAUCAGAUAGGAGUUUCGGACCUAUCCGAUUCUACGUCUAUCUAAAACGUGGCGGGCUCACAUGGUCAGAGAUGACGAUGGUGGCUUUCGGCAAGUAUCCGAUGAGGAAUUCCGAAUGAUUAUAUUGUAAUGAGUUGGGCCUUAUUGGGGGCGGCAUAUCCGAUUUAUUUAUGAUAUUAUAAGUUAACAAAAGCAAAAGAAUAAAACUAUGUUGGUUUAUUUAUUAGAUUUGAUCGUUCUGAUCGUCUAAUUGUGAUAGCUAGAAGAUAGUUGCUGUUGUUGAUAGAUCCGGAUCUUCGGUGGGGACCGAAUGGAUUACCUAAAAGAGAAGUAUCUUUCUUAAAGCAAGUCGAGGCAUAUCUGAUGAGGCUGAGUAGAGAAACUUGUGGCGGUGCGAUAAUGUUUCAGGAAUCCUAGACGUCCUAGCGUCUUCUUAGCGUGGACAGGG